UAAGCUGGUUCCUGUGUCUUCACUGAUAAGGAAAAUGGGAGGUUUUAAGAGAGAGGUGGCUGUCGUAUUUAGCACAGAGCUAUUAGAGAAAUUCGUUUUUAGAGUUAACAAACUCUGUUGGUAGGAAGUUGAGGAAGAAAGAGCGCAUCGGACUGAUGGGAAUACCAUCAACCACCUAGAGGGGAGCCUCCCCAUCGUGUGUCACAGAUCUGCCUUGAAUCGUCUUGAGAAUCGGUUACCAACACUUGCUCUAGAUUGAGAAACUGAGAAUGAGACUUUGGGUCUUGGUAAUUCCAGCAAUUCUCAUACCUUCCACAUCAGCUACAUUUAGCAAAUCAUCUUGGGGCCUGGAAAAUGAGGCUUUAAUUGUGAGAUGUCCCAGACAAGAAAAAUCUCGGUACCCUGUGGUCUGGUAUUACUCAAAAACCAACAAACGUAUUACCACCCAGAGAAGAAGUCGUGUAGUUGCCUCAGGGGAACGUCUUAAGUUUCUCCCAGCCAAAGUCAACGAUUCCGGAUUUUAUACUUGCAUUAUCAGAAGUCCUACCUCCAAUAAGACUGGAUAUGUGAAUGUCACCAUUUAUAAAAAACAACCAGGUUGUGAUAUUCCAGACUUUCUGAUAUAUUCAGCAACAUCUGGAUCAGAAAGAAAUUCCAAAAUAUAUUGUCCUACAGUUGACCUCUACAAUUGGACAGCGCCUGUGGAGUGGUUUAAGAAUUGUGAAGUUCUUCAAGGACCCAGGUACCGAGCACACAAGUCAUUUUUGCUGAUUGACCGUGCAAACAGCAAGGACACUGGUGAUUAUACAUGUAAAUUUAUGCACAAUGAAAAUGGAGUCAAUUAUACCGUGACUGCAACCAGGUCAUUCACAGUUAUUGAUAAGCAAAGCUUUUCUUUGCUUCCAGUAAUUAUAGCCCCUCCACAGAAUGAAACAAAGGAAGUGGAAAUUGGAAAACCAGCAAACCUAAGGUGCUCUGCUUGCUUUGGGAAAGGCUCUCAGACCAUGGCUGACAUCCUGUGGCAGGUUAACGGAAGCAACGUUGAGAACUUCGGUGAAGCAAGAAUGCAAGUGUUGCAAGAGCAAACUCAAAGUUCUCGCAGCGAGCUGACUUGCCUAAACGCCGUGUUAAGAAUAGCGGAUGUAAAGGAAGAGGAUUUCUCACUGAAGUACGACUGUCUGGCCAUGAAUUUCCGUGGCCUGAUCACGCACACCGUAAGACUAAGGAGGAAAAAUCCAAUGGAUCAACAAAGCACCUACUACGUGCUUGCAGGAUUUAGCAUAUUAUUCUUGCUAAUCAAUGUCUCGGUGGUAAUUCUAAAAGCAUUCUGGAUUGAGAUUAUUCUGCUCUGGAGAGACAUAGCUAGACCUCACAAAACUAGGAACGAUGGGAAGAUCUAUGAUGCUUACGUGAUCUACCCACGGAACUGUAAAAACAGUCCAGAGGGGGCCAGCUCUGUGGAGUACUUUGUUCACCAGAUUCUGCCUGACGUCCUUGAAAAUAAAUGUGGCUACGACUUGUACAUUUAUGGGAGAGAUCUGCUCCCUGGAGAAGGUAAAACUGUCAACAACCAUCAGGGACAGAAAUUCACAUUCAUCAGAAGGAUAAGUAAUAGGUGGUCUUAUCCCUGCCAUCAUCAGGAGCUGCAAUUAUUAUUCCAGGUCAUAAGAUUAGUGCUUUUCAAUAUUUCUCCAGGAGAAGGAGAUGUAGCUACCACAGUGGAAACCAGCAUUCAGAAGAGCAGGCGGCACAUCUUCAUCCUGACCCCUGAGGUCACGCACAGCAAGGAGUGUGCCUACGAGUGGGAGAUCGCCUUGCACAACACCCUCAUCCGGAACGACUCCAAGGCCAUCCUGAUUGAAAUGGAGGCUCUGUGCCCGCCCAGCGGACUGCAGUUUGGGGAGCUUCAGGACUCCCUCAAGCAUCUCGUCAAAGUGCAGGGGACCAUCAAGUGGAGGGAGGACCUCGUGGCCAACAAACAGUCUCUGAAUUCCAAGUUCUGGAAGCACAUAAGGUACCACAUGCCGGUGCCAAGCCAACUUCCAAGAAAGACUCCCCGCUCGGCAUCCUCGAGCGCCCAGGGGCAGCAGUGCUUGCUUUGACGGCUAAUGCACUGCGUUUGGGGGAUCCAGAUCCCUCGCAGCUGGGUCACGCCGCUGUACUGGGGGAGGAGGCUCCAGAAAUGGGAGUAUCGAGGGUAUUCAGACUUCAGGUUUCAUGCACUGACUUUACUUCCAUUUCCCUGGUUCUGGCUGGAUGCAAAAUACCCCGAGAUUUUCAUCCUCAGGCUCGCUGUCUCCACCUCACAUCCCCUCCCUCGUCUCCCGUGGUUGGUCCUUCUCCAUCGUGGCCCAGCAUCUUCUCACUACUCUUCCCCUCUCUCUCUCUUUCUCUCUCUCCUUAUUCUUUGUUGAUAUUCUACAUUUUGACAUCAAACUGAAAGUUUUAGAGUUAAAUUUUAACGUGAUCUUGGACACUCAGAUCCCCUCAAGCAGAACGCUGGUACUGAAUCUUGUUCCCAAUGCCAGAAUGUGUUCGAUUUUAUUCGAUCAGACGCUUAAGUUGUAUCAUAUCAAUACUGUCCAUUUGGUUGGAGUACCUUACCCAAUUAUCAUUAUAUUUAAGUUUUUUUAAUUCUAAAAUUUCUUUCAUAUAUUUUUAUUCUCUUUAGAAAUAUCUUUUCUUCCUGUACAAGUUAUAAAAGAACAGAAAGUAUGAAAGAAAAAAUAACAGAAAUUGUUCAUAAAUCCAUCAUCCUAAGAUUAUGACUUUUAUACAUUUUGGUAAAUUUGCAUUUUAAGAAAUUUUAAUUUAUACUUAAAUAUACCAUUUGUAUAGCUGAGAUUAUACAGCAUGUAGUUUCUACAUUUUUAUCUACUUAAAAUCAUAAUAAAAGCAUUUGACAAGUCAUUCAAAUUUUAACGUUUUAAAAUAUUCAUAGUGUUCCAGCUCCUGGUUGUGCUACAGGUGACAUGCCUAAUUACUUAUUGUUGGAUAUUUAAGUUGUGUCCAAUUUAAAUAGUCAUCAUUAUAAGUAAUUCUGCAGUGGCCAUAUCAUUAUACUUUAUAUCUUCCAAUUAAAACAACUUUUUUUAAAUUUGAGAAACUUUUUUAAAUUUAAUUUUUUUUAAUUUGAGAAACAAAUUAAAUUUGUUGUAACAUUUCCAUGAAAUAA